UGUGUGUUUUGACGUUUUGACUAUGGAAGAUAGUGUUUGGUGGUUUAUUAUUCCAUAAAAUUUUUGCUCGUCUGUGAUUCUUUGAUUUGUCGAUACUAAAAUUUGAUAAGGACAAUGGAAAGUUCAGCGUGUUAGCAAAAUAAUAGCAAUAGCUUUUAAAAUGAAGCCUAUAAUAGAUUUCGAUGAAUGUCUCAGAGACUCCCCUAAAUUCAGGGAGCAGCUGGAGACUGAAGAAGCUAGCAUAGAGGCUUUGGAGCAAAAGCUCGACAAAGUUUUGAAAACUUGUUCUGUUAUGAUAGAGUCAGGAAAAACUUACAUGAGUCAUAGAAGCACAUUCACAAAUGCACUAUGGGACAUGAGCAGCAACUUCACAGAGGAUUCUACCGUGUUGUCAGCUUUGAACCGUAUGAUCCACUCACUGCAGGAGAUGACCAAGUUCCAUUCCAUAUUACUGGACCAAGCUUCCAGGACUAUACUCAAAAAUCUCACCGCUUUUAUAAAAGUAGAUAUCAAGGGCGUGAAGGAAAGCAAACAUCACUUCGAUAAAAUCUCUAAUGAUCUGGAUAUAGCUUUAAAUAGGAAUUCUCAGGUGUCUCGCCACAAGCCCACCGACGCGGAGGAAGUGAUGAAUCUCUUACUGGCCACGCGCUCUUGCUUCCGGCACACGGCGCUGGACCACGUGCACAAGAUCACCAUGCUACAGGCUAGGAAGAGACACGACAUACUGGCCACUUUCUUAUCUUAUCUGCAAGCUUGCAGCACUUACCAUCACCAAGGAGCGGACCUUUCUGAAGACCUAGAACCCUUCCUCAAAUCUACCGCUGACGAGAUUGCAGCAAUGCGUAACGAUACGAAGAUACUUGACAAGGAAAUGGAGAAUCGACACACGAUAGUCAACAGUAAGGACACGGUGCUGCCUAGCUGCAAAUCCGUGGCGGCCGAAGGGGAGAGUAAAGACGGCCUUCUGAGCACGCCUUGCUUGAAGAACAUGCCUCGGAUGCAGGGUUAUCUCUUCAAACGCACCUCCAAUGCGUUUAAAACAUGGAACAGGCGGUGGUUCUAUCUGUACGACAACAGACUUGUGUAUAGGAAGAGAACCGGAGAACUGAAUGUCACUGUGAUGGAAGAGGAUUUGAGAUUGUGCACGGUCAAACCAGUGCUCGAUGGCGAGAGGAGGUUUUGCUUCGAAGUUCUUUCGCCUUCCAAAAGCCACAUGCUGCAAGCUGACUCGGAGGACAUGCUGGGCGCGUGGAUCACGGCGCUGCAGAACGGCAUCCGCUCGGCCAUCCAGCAGGGCCAGAGCCGCGACAACCCCGACUCGCAGAUGGUGCUGGUGCCCGACCACUGCGCCAGCAGGCUCACCGUCUCGCCUGCUAUGAAGAAGAUCAGAAUAUGGGAGCAACUGUUGAGUAUACCUGGCAAUAAUUAUUGCUGCGACUGCGGCAGUCCGAACCCGCGCUGGGCCAGUAUUAACCUCGGCAUCACAUUGUGCAUAGAAUGUUCGGGCAUACAUCGCUCCCUGGGCGUACACGUCAGCAAAGUGAGAUCACUCACGUUAGACGAUUGGGAACCGGACAUUAUUAAGGUAAUGGCGGAAUUAGGAAAUAAAAUAGUGAAUUUAAUAUACGAGGCCAAUACUGAUGGUGCUACUAUCAAGAGGGCCACUCCUGAUUGUGAUACGGCCGUGCGCGAGGCGUGGAUCCGCGCCAAGUACGUGAAGCUGUCGUUUGUGAAGAACAUCGUGAACUGCACCGCCGACUCCGUGCAGCAGUCGCCGCUGAAGAACGGCCGCCGGUGGUCAGUGCGUCGCGCCCGGAGGAGAGUUCGUGCUCCCCCUGCGGUGCCGGAAACCAUCAAAGAUGAAAAAAGUGAUGCGAACAGCAAUACCAGUGUAUCAGAAAGUUCCAGCAAGUCAGAGGGCAGUCCCGUGCUGCUGAUCGGCACGGAUCUGGCCACCGAGCGAGCAGUAGAUCUCAGCUUGCCUUCAGACCACGACUCCACUGAAGGGGAAGAUGAUGAUCUGGGUGCGGAGGACAUGUCGCAGCUCUCGGCGGGCGCAGUGCUGCAGCGGGCGGCGCGCGCGCACAACGUGUGCGUCAUGCGCGCCGCGCUCGCCGCCGGCGCCGACCCCAACGAGCCCGCCGCCGGCCAGCGCACGCCUCUCCACGCGGCCGUGCUCAGCGGCUCCGUGAUGGCGUGCUCAUUCCUCCUGUUGAACGGCAGUAAGCUGAACGCGCAGGACGACGAAGGCAUGACGCCGCUACACCUUGCCACAGAGGCGGGCCACACCGGACAGGUGUGCUUGCUGCUCCGAUAUCGAGCGGACCAAACCCUCGUAGACAACGAGGGGCGGACGCCGCUCGACAUCGCCGUCGGACACGCCAACGCCGAUAUUGUUACUCUAUUAAGACUAACGAAGCUAAACGAAGAGAUGCGCGAGAGCGAGAUGUCAUCCAAUGACGACACGUACAACGAAGUGUUCCGCGACUACACGCAGCUCGCGCACUCGCACCCCGAGCGGCUCGUGCGCGCGCGCCACAACAACAAUGAAGGUGAACAAACACUUGAAUGACGUAUAGAGAAAAAGUUUCGGCGACUGCAGCUGUGGUGGCGAGACGAGUGAUGAACACGUUUGGUGAUGAUGAACAACUGCAAGAUGAUGAUGAACUGCAAUGUGGUGAUUAUUUAAUUAUAUACCGCUAGUGCUUGGUGUUUUACUGUUGUUUCAUAUUUUUAAGUGGUCUCUACACUAUUAGUGACGAUAUAUAGGUUAAGGUUGCUUAAUUUGUACCUAUUGUUUACCAACCUUUGAGAAUAUAACUUCAUCUGAAGCGCCCAAUUUAGUUGUUUAUUUUAUUUGUACACCACAAAACAAGAAAACAAACAAAUAAGAAAAUAAGAAGUAAAAUACAGAAAGGGGACUUUAUCGUACCAUAGCGAUCUCUUCCAGGCACCUUGAGUUUAGGAAAAUAUAUAACAUACAAUGUACAUAUAUAUAAAUAAUUAUACAUUAAUACAUACACUCAUAAAAUUAUAACAACUAAAAUAAAUAUUAUAAAAUGAACUAAUACAUAUUUUAUGUCAACUCGCACUAAUUUUGCACUUUAGCCAUAAAUAGCAAUUAGCUAUCCGACAGCUUAUGUUAUUCAAAAUACACAUAAAAUCUUUCAGUUCAAUAUUCAUUGGAUUAUAUUAAUUUUCACUUGCAUAUUAAAAUUAUUUUGACGACCAAAAGGGGGGUUAUCUAAUUAAAUAAUACUGUAAUAUUGUAUGACUUAAGGCAACCUUACUCUAUUUUAUUGACAAUAUUAUUGCUUGUGUGGACUAGACUAAGAAUAACGUCUUUCUAAAGUCCGGCCGCUCAGAGAUUGCGUUCCUGACAGGUCGUGAUAGAAUGGGAAAAGCAUACUUUGCCUUUUCAAUACAAAGACAAACAGUUGGCAUAACCUUUAAAUAGAGCAGUUCAACAACCUUGUACUAGUUUGAAGUUACAUCGCCCAUUUGAUCACGAUCUGUCAGAAACGCAAUCUCUGAGCGGUCAGACUUUAGUUGCAAUCAUAGUUUUGCAACUACAAUACAAAAUAAAUAAAAAAAAAACAAUUAGCGUUGAAGCGUUGAGUAUUGCUUCCUUUCGAAAUAUUUCAAUAUCGAAUUUCUUAUCCUGUUUAUUAUUUAGACCUAGGAAUCCUAAUUGUUAAAAAUAUUUUAUAAUUUUUAACAUAUUUUUUAGAUUGUUAGGAAGAAAAUUAACUGUGAAAACGAUCUCUUUUAACAAAUUUAUCGAGGCUCCACACUAUCAAAAUUGAAAAGCUGCCAAAUUCCUUAUAAUAAAGACUUAUAUACCAUAUCUUCCAACACUAACUAAUAUAAAAUAAGCAUUUUUAUGAUUUUGAAACUCUUUGACAACGGUUAUAGCAUCUUCUCAUAUGCUGAUUGGCAAACAAUUUUCAAAAUCAUCCCUGAUAGUAAUAUUGUUUAUAAUAAUUAUAUUAACCCAUAUUGUAAGCAGUGAUGUGAUGUGCUUUUAUAUUAUUAAAACCAAAGAUUAUAGAAAUAUAUGGAUACAAGCUUAGCUUGGUAAACAGAAUAAUGCCUUUCUACAGGGAUUUGCGAUACAGAACGAAAGAGAUUGCAUCAUUUUCAUAGCCUAAUUUUAUCAGUUAAGAAGAAACCUCGUUGUGGUCCAGGGUUCGAAUCCUCGAUCGUGUCAGGGAAUACCUAAUGAGCUUUUGUUUCUUGCAAGAUAUUUUCAGUAAAAAUUCUCUCUUCCGGGAGAGCACGUUUCGUCGUUGUUCCUGGUCAUUAUCAUUACCACCUGAUAGCAUCAUCAUAGUUCCACACUUUAAAAUCUAAAAUUUAACCCCCAAAAUUAAAAGUGAAGAAAAAUAUUAAAAAAAUAAAAAAUCCCGACUGCCUAACCUUCUAUCGCACUCAUCGCACCUAGUCAUCCGCCUCGCGUGUUUUGUAUAGUGAUUAAAUAAACAAUAUUAAAUAACGUUUUUCUAAUUACGUUAUAGGUUUUUUUUAAUAUGGCCAUGAUAUACUAUGAAAUCCUCUUCAUGUGCCCUUGAAUUUGAUACCUCCUGAAAAAAAAUUACCUCGAGUCUCAGUCGUCGUGUUAUUUUUUAACUUCACCUAUCUAAAAACACUUGCGUUAUUAAGACGAAUCUAACGAUAUCUUAAUUACGUAAAUCCGUUCAACAGUUUGGAAGAUAUAAGGUAAUAAAGAAUACCUAUUACAUACAUACAUACAAGAAACGCGCGAAAAAUAACUGUUCUUGCAGUCGGGUAAAAAUAAUUGAAUUUUAAAAUAUUUUCACUUUGGAUAAAAUUUCAAAGCAAUAAUGGUGUGAAAAACUUUUAUCACAAAAUGGUUAGGGUACAGAUACGGCAUGCAAAAGAAGGCUUGGAAAAUGUAGCGAUCUCCGAGUAGGUAUGUCCUACGUUAUGCAUCGUCGCAAAUCAAUUUGAUUAGUGGAAAGGCAGUAUAAGGUCGGCCCCAUACAAUCGUUUUCCGUAUUCGGUUUUCGAAACUGUUUUCCAUGUUCAGAAAACCGAAUGCUUGAAAUCAAUAUAAAAAACAUGUAUGUUUUUUCCCGAACGAGACAAAUUCCGCGCGUAUAAUUUACAAUCCUUGCGAUAAUAUACAUUCCCAAUGAAGAAAGACGUAAAGUCUGCGGUAGUCUCACGGAAUUCCAAAUCGAAAUAACGCAUUAGGAAAACGUAUACGGAAAACGAGUGUAUGCGACCGGCCUUAAGGUGAGAAUAUAUUGUGUGCUGCGUAUAAUUGUAUAAAACUCCUCACCUUUAGGCGUAAGGUGCUCGACACUAGAUGUCUCGAAUCGACAUAUCGUUGCGUUGGUACGAAAGAGCGUAGCGUGUUCAUUUUCCCGGCUAUUGGUCGACAAUAUUAUGUCAGAUGUAUCAUGGCGAGCAUCUUAUGCCUACUUGUUUUCCAUCCUUACAUUUCAAAUGUUCCAUUUUUUUUUAAUUACCUUAUAGUAUUCUAUGUUAACAUUCCUGAGUUGAAACACUACUAUUUACUUGGAGUUUAAACGUUAUUUUCCUAAAUAUCUUAGUAAACAACUAUUGCAUUUUUGGUAUUCGCUACUUUUGCUAAAUUAUCAUUUAUAAUGACUAUUACAGUAUAGCUGCUGUCUUUAUGACGUCUCGGAAGUAAGCUGCGGAUGUCGCUCCACGCAUACAGGAUGCUCGGGAGUAUUUCCUAUAACUUUAGGCUUAUAUUCUUAAAAAAAAAAUAAUUCAAAAUGUUCAAGGAACAUGGUGUUCUAAAAUGAAUAUUUUCGGAGUAAAUAAUAUUUCUUUUGUAAAUAGAUCUUAGAGCCGUGAUCCCGGAGGGUGUGGGUUCGAAUCCGGCCCGGUGCGUGCACCAACUAUUCAGUUGUGUGCAUUUUGAGAAAUUAAAUAUCGCGUGUCUCUAACGAUGAAGGAAAACAUCGUGAGGAAACCUACAUAUCAGAGAAUUUUCUUAAUUCUCUACGUGUGUGAAGUCUGCCAAUCCAGCAUUGAGCCAGCGUGGUGGACUAUUGACCCUCUCAUUCUGAGGAGACUCGAGCUCAGCUGUGAGCUUGAUAACGACGAAAUAGAUCUUGAAAUGUGUCCCACGCAUCCUUAUAAUAAUGACGUAGCCUAUUGUCUCAUUGUUUUAUGUAUUUCAUUCGCAUUUCGCAUUCCUAUAAUAAUGACGUAUCUACAUUUUAAAAUGCAAAGUUGUCGCUUUGUUAUCUGAAGUCGUGUAUAGAAGUGGAUAGUCGAUAUUAUUUGAAUUACUUUGUAUGAUUUUUUUUUGUAGUUAAUAAAAAUUAGUUAUGCAGUUAAGUUCCUAUAAAUGGUCUCGUUAAUACCUCGAAGUUAUGGGAAAUACUCCCGAGCAUCCUGUAUAAUGUAGAAAAAUGUGAGUAAACAUAAAAUUUUGUAUGUGUGCGCUCAGUGCAGUAGCUAUUAAUAUAAAAUCGUUGACAAAACAAAUUUAAAUCCAAAAAUCAUUCCAAACAAAUCUCAUUUACAACGAUUAUAAAUUGCUGUAUUAAUUCUUUUUUUAUAUUUAUAUGUUUAAAAAAAUGUAUACCUAAUCGAAUCUCAUUGUAAUUUAGUGGCUAAUAUUUUUUAUAUACUUUUUUUUUGUAUGUGUAUGUUGUAAAUAAAUUUUUGCUAUAUCUUCCGCUUGCCAAACGUUGUCGAUGUUUUUUAUACGAAGGUUAAAAUAUGAAGAUGAAUUACUAAUGAAAUUUCUAUUUGAAAGUGAACUGUCGAAAAAUCAACAAACAAAUACAAAUUAUUAUUUAAUUUGUUUGUAUGGUAUAUUUCAUUUCAUUUCAUUUGGUUUUUAUGUUUUUGGUAAACAACCAUAAAUACGAGUAUGUGAAUAUGAUCAAUUAUCAUCAUAAAAAUGAUUUUUUUUUCAAUAAUCUUACAUUAAAAACUGAACCCUAAGUAUAAUUUAAAAAUUAUAUUAAAGUCCGGAUGCUUAGAGAUUGCGUUUUUGACAGGUCGUGAUCGAAUGGGACAAACAUAAUCAUAAUAAUUACAAAUGCCUCGUUAUUGUCUCAUCAGUACAAAGACAAACAGUUGGGAUAAACUUGAAACAGCGCAGUUUGACGUGGUUAGACGCUUGUGUUACAAGUUCCACGAUUACAGGUGGUAUUAACAUUCAUUAUUUAUGUUAUUGUGGCGGGGAGGUAUUAGUGUUGGUAUAAAUAAGGUAGUAUUUGAUGACUUGAGCUCAGUUGUUUGUUAGGCAGCGUAGACACCGUCACGCUGCCAGUCGCGUUAAUGAUUUUGUGCAAUAAUGUUUUGUGCUGCAAUUGUUUUUCAUAAAUUGUUUAGUGUGGGCAUGGAGAACAUGUCGAGCGGGGAAGGUGAGUGUAUAUGCAUUCUAAAGGGAUCCCUUAAACCCACUCCCAAGGUCACAAGUCCUGGGACCUGCUCGAUGUGUUUCCUCUAUCACAAAAUAAUGGUAUAAUCACUGUCGAUGCUACCCAUCACGUCACACUAGUUCGAAGUUAUAUCUCUCAUUCGAUCACGACCUGUCAGAAACGCAAUCUCUGAGCGGCCGGACUAUACAUGAAUAUCAAAGUGAGGGGUUGACAUAACUGUUUUAUACUUACGUAGUAUAUAUUUAUAAAUGGUUAUGAGAAACGUGUUAUUAUAGAGAUAUAAUAUUAUAGUAUAAACAUACAUCUUAACUAAUGAUAUUAGUCGACUUGUUUCGGCACUAAUGCAAACUAGAAGAUUGAAAUUUUUCCUUAUCGCAAAAAACAUAAUUAUGUAGAAUUUUAAAGUAUGUAAUUCUCGGUAUGGUUGAUAUUUAUAAAAAGAAAUAUACAUACAUAAAACGAAUUAAAUAAGUACUCAAAGUUAAAUGUGAUAAGUAAUCGAAAUUAUAUAAAAUAGCUUAAUGAAAAAUUAGAACUACAAGUUGGUAAUCAAUUUGAUUUUUGAUGAAUGAAUUCGUGUUUGUUUUUAGAAUUUAGAAGUUUUAAACUGUUACAAGUGCUAUAAUUAAAAUAUAAAAUUGAACGGUCUAAGUGGAUUUGCCAGACUAUUUUUUUUUUAUAUCAUUUUUCAAAAAGGAAUACAAAAUUAAGUAAACGAAAUUUGUUUGAAAAACUAUAUACGUUUACCAUGUUCGUGUGAGUUGGUUCGAUUAUUACAAUUAUUCAUCACUAUUUUAGAAAACCAAAAAAGAAACUUAAUUCGCCCAGGUCUGGCUGGUGGGAGGUUUCGGCCGUGGCUAGUUACCACAAAGACGUACCGCCAAGCGACAAAGCGUUCCGGUGCAAUGUUGUCUAAAAACCGAAAGUGGAUUUUCAUCCUCCUCCUAAUAAGUUAGUCCGCUUCCAUCUUAGAUUGCAUCAUCACUUACCAUCAGGUGAGAUUGUAGUCAAGGGAUAACUUGUAAAAAAUUAAAAAAUAUUACCGGAAUAAAGUUCAGCAAUAAUUAUUAUAGCGGUCGACUGCGACUUCCACCGCGUGGAAUUCUGUACUUUUUCUGAUACCAUUUUUCCUUACUUCCAAUCUGGUUGCAGCUUUAUAUUCGAGUUCUCAAUAUAUAUAAUUUAUGUGGGUGGGUUCACCUUGUGGGUUUGACUUCUGCCUUCGAUUUGGAGGGCGUAGGUUUGAAUCCGGUCCGGGGCAUGCACCUCCAACUUUUCACAUUUAAGAAAUUAAAUGUCUCAAACCUGUAUACCGAAUAUAGGUUGUUAAUGUGGCAUAAACUCAUCAUGCUAAGUUUCAAUUGAAUACAUUCAGUAGUUUUAGCGUGAUGCGCGGCCAACAAGACAAACAGACAAAAAAUAAAAUAGUGCAUUUCUGGCUUCAGUAUCAAUAAUUCAAUAUACCUACCUAGUGUCCUUUAAGCAUUUUUCCAAAUAAAAUUCUUCAAUGUAAAGAAUUUGAUCUGUUACAAUUUUAUUAUAAGUAAGUAUAGAAGAUAUAUAAUGUUUGAGUUUCAUUUUGAGUGCCAUCGAUAGAAUUGAGGUACUGGAAUUGUGUAUGAUGAACCAAUAGUAUAGACCGCGCCAACCUUCGAGUCCGCUCUGAACACGUAUGGUUGCGUAGAGGCCGAAACCAGCAAUUUUGCCGCUCCGGGCAAAGAUUUUGACGGCCUCCGUGGCGCAGUGGUAUGCGCGGAUUUACAAAACGGAGGUCCUGGGUUCGCUCCUAGAUCCCAGAAAAUUGAGAUUUUCUUAAUUAGUCCAGGUCUGGCUGGCUGGUGGGAGGCUUCGGCCGUGGCUAGUUACCACACUACCGACAAAGACGUACCGCCAAGCGAUUUAGCUUUCCGGUACGAUGUCAAACCUAAACUGGAUUUUCAUCCUCCCCCUAACAAGUUAGCCCGCCUCCAUCUUAGAUUGCAUCAUCACUGACCAUCAGGUGAGAUUGUAGUCAAGGGCUAACUUGUAAAGAAUAAAAAAAAAGAUAUAUUUUGCCGCCCAUUCUUAAUAUUAUAAAGUAUUUUUUUUUUCUUUAGUUUUUUGAGCCUACUUUGUUACUAAACUAAUUCAAAGAAAUAAAAUAAAUUUGCUGGGGAAUUAGUUAACUUUGUCGCAAUUCAUUUUUACCGCCCCCUCGAUUUUGGUGCUCUUGACAAAUGCCCCCCCUAGAUCGGUUACGUAGUUAACGGAAACAUAUCCCAGCCGCGUUAAUCAUAGCUGCGAAGUUCAGCGUGUUACAAUAUCAGAGGGGACUCUAAGUUUGGCGCAACCCACCUAGGGUUGUAACCUAAGGGCCUAGUGGCAGUUUGAUACUGUUACUAUCGCGUUAACUUAAACGCGAAUUUCUAAGGAAUUGAAACAGCGCCAUCUAGUGGCAAUACUGCACAAUUGUUUCAAUUCCAUAUAAAUUCGCGUUUACGUCGACGCGAUAGUAACAGUAUGAAAAUAUUGAAAACUCCCACUAGGCACACUGUUUAAUGCAUUUAUAAUCUCUACAAUCUAAUCUCGUGUCAUGAAACUUCAAUUGAUCGAAUAAAAAAAUAUAAACGACACAUAGUUCACGUGCAUGAUGAAAUUAAAUAUUAGUAGGUACAGCUUUUAUUUUUAUAUCUAUACCAAAUAUUAUAAAGAGGAUUAAUUAUUGUUUGUUUGCAAUGAAUAGGUUCUGAAAGUGACGGACUGAUUUUAAAAAAUCUUUCACCAUUCGAAUCUUGCAUUAUCCCCGAUGGACAUAGACAUAUUUAUAUUUUAUCCCCGUAUUCCCACGGGAAGAGGAACUUCGCGAGUCAAACCGCGGGGCGUCUUCUAUUUAAAGUAACUUUAUUUUUGUUAUACACAGAAUAGAGAAUGAUACAGAAUGAGUCUUUACAAACUGCACGGCGAGGCCGGUAAAACCAAUAAAAAAAUAUAUACGUCACGCGUUGCCUUGACAUACAUAUAUAAGUACAAACUUUUUUCUUAAUUUGUAUUUCAAGAUUUAACACUAACAACAAUUACGUAAAUUGACAUCGUAAAGUCUAAUGAUUAAUAAAUACCUAUAAAAAUACUCGCAUCUUGUUUUUAUACUUUUUGUGAACAGUUUUUUAAAUGUUUAAAAACUUAAGACGCCAUUUUUUUUAAAUAAUAUUGUAAAUUACUGAGGCGACGCUUAGUGUACUACUGACUCAAGAAUGUUUUUUUGAAUUUGUAUUUAGAAAGGCUACUGCCACUGCCACUGUCAUGUUCCGUGCGCUCUUUCUGCCUAUUAUUCUUUAAUCUGUGCUGUUAUAGUUACAGUUAGUAGGUAGACUGGAUUCAUGACUUUUAAGAAGCUUUCAUUUCUUUUUGUUAUUGUAAAGAGGAUUUUUAUACAGGUAAAUAAGUUACUAUAUUUUAUUCGCACAAUAAAUACAUAUGUAAUAUUUUUUUUGUUUACAACCCUGGUUCUGACUGUAUGUAACCUAAUUAAGUAUAUUAUAUUAAUUAAUUAAUAAAAUUAUUAUUGUUAUUAUGAUAAUGUUAAUAAUCGUGUCUUGCUUACAUAUACAAUACUCCUGUUAUGAUGUUUGUGUAUAUUAAUCAUUAUUACUUAGUUGUAUUUUAAAUAAAAUAUAAAGAAAAUUGGACAUCUU